UCCUUCUCGACGCCAUCUGACGAACGAAUUACGAACCAAAAUCCAAACGAUAUUCUCCGUUUUCCGUUCUGACGCCGUCUGCCGGACGAAUCGUGCAAACGAUGACUUCCGCCAUGUUGGCUUAUCGGAGUGGGAAGCGGUGUGUGGGCUCGAUUUCUAAGCGUUAUUUUUCUAGAGCGUGUAGAAAUGUGCACAGUUCCAGUAAAACAGAAGAAGAAUACGAUAUUGUUGUCGUCGGAGGAGGUAUCGUAGGCACGGCUACCGCGAGAGAAUUGAUCUCGAGACAUCCGACAUUGAAAAUUGGUUUAGUGGAAAAAGAACAAAAAUUAGCUGCUCAUCAGAGUGGUCACAACAGUGGAGUUAUACAUGCUGGAAUAUAUUACACUCCUGGUUCUUUGAAGGCAAAAUUGUGUGUGGAAGGUUUAGAAUUAACCUAUAAAUAUUGUGAUGAACAUAAUAUACCGUAUAAAAAAUGUGGAAAGUUAAUAGUUGCCGUAGACAGAGAAGAAUUACCAAGAUUAGAUGCAUUGUACGAACGUGGUCAGAAGAAUUCUGUUAAAGAUUUGAAAGUUGUGAAUGCGAGUGAAAUUCGAGAAAUUGAGCCAAAUUGUCAAGGAUUAAAGGCAUUAUGGUCGCCCCAUACCGGUAUCGUCGAUUGGGCAGAAGUAUGUCGAUCUUAUGGAAGAGAUUUUGAAAAGAGUGGAGGAAAAAUUCAUCUCGGUUUUAAUGUCAAAGCUUUUAAAACUGUUGCAGAAAGCCAGAAAAAACAUUCAGUAGAUUCUAGUCAAUAUCCUGUCAGAAUUAUAUCUUCAAACAAAGCCAUAAGAAGUCGAUACUGUGUAACUUGUGGUGGUCUAUAUUCGGAUAAAUUGGCCACGUUAUCAGGCUGCAGCCUAGAUCCUCAGAUUGUGCCAUUUCGUGGAGAAUAUCUUCUAUUAAAGAAAGAAAAAUGUGAUCUCAUUAAAGGUAACAUAUAUCCAGUUCCUAAUCCAAAAUUUCCCUUUCUUGGAGUACACUUCACUCCACGUAUUGAUGGCAGCGUAUGGUUGGGGCCUAAUGCAGUAUUAGCAUUCAAACGCGAAGGUUAUCAUUUAACAGAUGUCAACGUACCUGAAUUGUGGGAAGCAGUCAAGCAUCCGGGCUUUCAACGCUUAGCUGUGAAAAAUAUCUUAUACGGUAUACAGGAAAUGUAUAGAGGAGUGAAUAUUUUUGCGCAAGUUCGUCAAUUACAGAAAUUUGUUCCUAAACUCCGCUUAAAUGAUGUCACAAGGUGA